AUGAGUGGAGAGAGGAUAUUCGGGGCUUCCGGAUUCGUCCAUAACAACGUUGUGGUAAAUCUCUCGUCCAGGCCCCACGACGAGAGGCGUACUUACACUGAUGAAUAUGAUGUACAACCACUCGAAUUCGUCACAGUUACUGGAACAUCAACAAACGCUCCUCAUAGGGAUGUAUCCAGAAUAGUCCGCAGUCAGGCUAUGCGGGACUACGUUUGGAGACAGAACCAUCCCGCACUAACAAGUAAAAUGGCUGCUGCUCAUCUUCAGGAGAAGCCGCAGCGGAUAUUUGAAAGCAAGUUCAGGGUCGGUUCGAAAGCACGACAACAAAAGAAGCCUGCAAAACCAAGACGUUCCAUCAAAGGGCCAAGAACGAACAAAGAAUGCAAUUCGGCAAGUGAGGCGCAGCUGAUCAACAGGCCAUGGUUGAUUCGCCAGAGUUUGAUGCCAGACAAGAACCUCCUAAUGAGGGGUGGAGCAUUUUCAGAUCCUUUUGACUCGUUUCAGUUCCCGCUGGGACCUGAGGGCGAGAGAUUCUUACUCUACUAUCAGCAUGCAUACAGCGUCAACUGUAUCGCCCUCAAUCUCACGCCUGAAUGCUUUUACUACGUAAGAGAAGAGGUUGCCAUGUUUCAUGCGGUCAUGUACCUUGUCAGCCUCGAUUACAAUCUAAGAUACGGAUUCAUCGAUUCUCCUGGAAGCCUUUACCACGGAAGAGAGGCAUUUCGCUUGAUUAACAAGGGUCUCGAGGUGGGUGUCAUAAGGGAUACCCUCAUUGCUGCUGUUUCGUUGAUCAUUGCAAGAGAAAAUAUUGCUGGGCAAUUUGAUCAGGGCAAAAUCCACAUGAAAGGCCUUCAGUUGAUGGUUGAGCAUCGAGGAGGCAUCAAGAAUAUAGUUCCAGGACACCGAGGAGUGGUAACAUGGGCUGAUUUAUCUUACUCCAACAUCUGGGGGUCCAAGCCAUCAUUUCCACUCCCCUUGGAAGCAGACCGGAGCGAUACCAGUCUGCCUGAUAGCCUCCAAGAUAAAAUGCUCUCUCCGGAGAACAUCUUUGGUGCUGCUUCACCCGUAAAUCCAGCUUUACGUUCCCUCAGACGCAUAUCUACAGCCUUCAGUUCAAAACACCAUGCUGGCCUGGAUCGAAAAUCAAUCGGCGAGCAGAUAUACAGCGUCGAAUGCGAGCUCCUUGCUCUCCGAAAUGAUAAAUCCGAAGCGCUCAAGGGUGACCAGUAUAUCUCUUCUCGUUCUGUGCUGAUGGUUAUUGCAGCCUACACAUACCUUUACAUGGAGCUAAGAGAGUCCCUUAAUAUGCAAGAUAAAGCCUGGUGGAACUCUAUCCCAUACAGACAGCGGUGGUUGUUAUGGGUAUUGUUUGUGGGAUAUGGAGCUGCAUCCGAAUGGAGCGAGAGACGGUGGUUUAUCGAAAAUAUGGAACCACUUGCUACAUCGCUCAUGGUUUGGACAAAGGAGGAGUUCCAAAUUGCGUUCAAGGGAGUAAUAUGGGAAGACUCGCGCAAGGAGCUAUUAGAGAAGUUGUGGAGGGACAUAUCCCUACGAGAUAGGUCUGAGCUGGGGAAUCUUGCACCGUCAAAUAGCUAG